GGUGAUCGGCGGUGCGCCGUGUCCCUCGGACACAGCAGAUCACUGAUCAACAGAAAGAGCUGAAGAUGACGGCUCGGUCAUGUGAUCAGCUGUGUCCAAUCACAGCUGAUUGCAUGUAAAUAGGGAAAUGCCAGUUAUCGACAUUUCUCUCCUCCCGAGCUGUCACACUAGCAGAGGAGGGAGAGCCGGGGACAUCUACACUGAUCAUCAGGGCAGUGAUGAUCAGUGUAGCCCCAGCAGUGCCACCUGUCAGUGCCCAUCAAUGCCACAUAUCAGUGCCCAUCUGAGCUGCCUUUCAGUGUCACCUAUCAGUGCCAUCUAUCAAUGCCAGUCAGUGUGACAUAUCAGUGCUGCCAGUCAGUGCCGCCUAUCAGUGCGCAUCAGUGCUCCCUAUCAGCGCCGCCUAACAGUGCCAGUCAGUGCCACCUAUCAGUGCCAGUCAGUUCUGCCUAUCAGUGCCACCUAUCAGUG